CCCGGGCUUUACGCGCCACUCCCGCGCCCUUGCCGCCUCAACAUAGGCUUCUCUGAAGUAGCCUAUCUAGACGGGCUCUGGCUACAUUUUAGCCUAGGCUACUCAAACAAUUUAAUCGAUAUUCAUUUAUUUAUAAGUAAACUUAGUUCAUUUUACUUAGGCUGCAGCUUGUAAUUCAACGACUUGUUUAAUGUCAGAUAAAAUAGUAGAUUUAUAGUGUGCCACCUGGGAGCCAACCAUCCGUCUGCCGCUAUAGCAACCCAGGUUAAGAGCGUGACUGGCGGCAUAGACCCCGGGAAACCAUGUCUUAAUACGUCAUUGAAUCGCAGCCAAUAGCACCUGUUUUGUUGACUGUAGGCAGUAUCCUUCACAUUCAGCUGCACACAAAGUAAGUACAUGCACACACGCUCCUAAUUAGUGGUGGUGUGCUGAGCAUCUGUUCAGAUUUGUAGGCUAGAAGACGGACAUAUUCAACGGAGAAAUAAACCUUAGAAAUUAAUCGUUUGCGCCUAGGGGGAGGGACGGCGGACCGAUAGUUUUAGAAAAUAUAUAGGCAUAAUAAUGUCAAUAUUAAGUGACUCUGGAUUUGAGGAGGACUUCCAUAGCCCGCCUCCGCCUUCCAUUCACCGACCAGCCUCUCAAGCGCAGGAAGAUGCCGGGCGAUACCCACUGGUGGCUGAUUGGCAGCUGUCUCCUGAUUAUGAUGAAAAUUGCUUCAACACUCAGAAACGCAACGAAAGGGAAUUUCUAACUAGCGACUGCUUAGCUCAUCAGCCGCAGGUAAACGCUGAAGCUCGUUGUAAACUUGUGAGUUGGCUCAUCGCUGUUCACAGACAUUUCGAGCUGUCCUUCGAGUCCUGUUGUCUUGCCGUUAACAUCAUGGAUCGCUUCUUGGGCACCACCGCUGUGGCGUCCGACUGCUUCCAGCUGCUUGGCGUCACUUCGUUAUUAAUAGCCAGUAAACAGGUGGAAGUCUGCUCUCCACGCAUCAAGCAGCUGCUGUCCCUGUGCUGUGGCACCUUCUCACGGGAGCAGCUCUGUAACCUAGAGUGCCUUGUGCUUCUGCGUCUCGGGUUCCGUCUGGCUGCCCCCACACUGGCCUUCUUCCUCCAUCAUUACACCCUCUCAGCCAGUCACAUUCUACGUCAGGACCCUUUCAUUUGCAGCAGACUAUCUAAGGAGAUGUCAACCAAUCAUGGCCUAACCCAGGACUCGUUAGUCAGUCUUGGCCAACCACAGGAGACCUCCAUGACCUGCCACAGCUCGCAGGAUCUCACGCUCAGGCCUAGCCCUCAACAGCAGCACGCGGAGGAGCACAGGCGCAGUACAAACAGUGUGCCGCUCCUCCAGUUGGUUGAGCGAUGUGGGAGCUUGGCGCGGCGGAUAUGUGAGCUCAGUUUGGCAGAUUAUGCCUUUAACUGUUACUCGCCGUCAGUGACGGCACAGAGCGCUGUAAGACUGGCACUGGAGCUGCUGGGGAUGAGCAGCGCAUCUCUGCAGGGCUGUUCUCCUGUGGCGGGACCUGACCUCAGACUGCCGCAGGGAGGAGACAUUGAGAAGGAUCUUCUUCAGAACUGCACUGAGAAACUCAAGCUCCUUGUGUCACUCAAUCAAACGGCCUUGCAGACUCUAAUGGAUCUUCCAAAUAGCAAGUAUAGGGAGGAUUUGUAAAGUUCUACUUUUACUACAAAUCCACAUUUCUACAUUUUUCUACAAGAAAUUAAUCAAUGAUGCAGAGCAUCUUGGCAGCAAAGUCCUUCUUUUUCAUUGCAUGUUAUAACAGUGUCACCAGUUUGCAGAUUUCACUGAAAGACUCACAUGCAUGCCAAGAGCGCAUCUUGAUUCUCUGUGUGACAAGUCUGUAUGGGCCUAGGGCCUUACAUGAUAGAACGUUUUGUGCUCUCAACCUCAGUAUAGAAUACGUUUUAUCAUUAUAUGCUACAUUGUAUUUAACUUGAGUCACUUUGUCUUUAUUUUGUCAUAGUAAGCUGAGAGGAAAGAGUCAAUCACUGUCACUGCUUGUUUCAAAUGCAUAGGUUUUAAGAAUCAUAAUGUAAGUAACAGUAUUUAUAUUGUUUGUGACACGGUCAUUGUAUUUAAAU